AUGACCCCUACCAGAUAUGCCCUCGUCGGAACCGGGGGACGAGCCUCGUUCUUCUAUACGGCAAUCAUUCAGAGCUUCCAAGAGAGCGCACAGCUGGUCGCGUUUUGCGAUACGAAUCAAACGCGAAUGAAUGUCGCUAAUGACCGACUGCAAGAACUGGGCGUGGCACGAUUGCCGACUUUCAAGGCCCAUGAGUUCGACCGCAUGAUCGAGGUAACAAGACCCGAGACCAUCAUUGUCACCACCAUUGAUCGGACACAUCAUCAGUACAUCAUCCGGGCGAUGGAACUGGGAUGCAAUGUGCUCACCGAGAAACCCAUGACCGUGGACGAAGUAAAAUGCCAGAUGAUUUUGGAUGCUGUCAAGGCGACCAACCGUCAACUCCGAGUGGCCUUCAACUAUCGUUACGCUCCGCAUAAUAGCAAAGUCCGAGAGCUCCUAAUGAAAAAUGCCAUUGGCAAAGUGACCUCGAUCCAUUUCGAAUGGUUGCUCAACACUCAACAUGGGGCGGAUUACUUUCGUCGCUGGCAUCGAGACAAGCGGAACAGUGGUGGACUUCUCGUCCACAAGUCGACGCACCACUUUGACCUCGUCAACUUUUGGCUCGACAGUCACCCUGUGACGGUCUUUGCUCAGGGGGAUCUCAAGUUCUACGGUAAGGAGAACGCCGAGCUUCGUGGAGUGACGGAGUUCUACUCCCGGGCCCAUGGCAGUUCCGCCGCGGCCAGCGAUCCAUUUGCCCUCCAUAUGGAGGAACAUCCCCAAUUGAAAGCCAUGUACCUUGACGCAGAGCAUGAAGAUGGAUACUAUCGAGACCAGAGCGUAUUUGGCGACGGGAUCAGCAUUGAAGAUACCAUGGGGGUUCUGGUGAGCUAUCAGUCAGGAGCCAUCCUGACGUACAGCCUCGUCGCUUACUGUCCCUGGGAGGGAUUCCGUGUUCACUUCAACGGGACCCAGGGCCGCCUUGAAUUGGAUGUACUCGAACAGUCUUAUGUAAAUUCAGGCGGGGAGCAGGCUCAGGAGGGCGCCGUGGCCCAUACGAAAGUCACCGUGCAUCCAAUGUUUGCACCACCUUUCGAGGUGCCCAUUACUGAAGGGGAGGGUGGCCAUGGAGGAGGCGAUCCGGUGCUACUGAAUGAUCUCUUUGGAGAGCCAGCUCCGGAUGCAUUGCGACGCGCUGCAUCCCACGUCGACGGGGCAAUGUCGAUCCUGACAGGAAUCGCCGCCAACAAGGCCAUCCGUACUGGACAGGUCGUGCAAGUGCGCGAUCUGGUGAGUUUUUAG